AUGGCCAAACCCACAGUUCUCAUCAACGGCGCAGGUAUCGCCGGCCCAGUAUGCGCCUUCUUUCUCGCCCGCGCCGGCAUUCACACGACCAUCAUCGAACGCGCCCCAUGCAUGCGUUCGACAGGCCAGCAGAUCGACCUCCGCGGCGCCGGUCUCUCUGUCGUCCAACGCAUGGGACUCGAGGACGCGAUACGCUCGCGAACAACCAAAGAAGCCGGUCUAGCAUUCGUUGACGAGACGGGGAAACGACUCGCUGAGUUUCCCGUUAGGGAAGAUGGAGGACGUAGCUUCACGAGUGAGAUUGAGAUUCUGAGGGGAGAGAUGGCAGGCGUGUUUUAUGAAGCUACGGAAGGUGUCGAGGGGAUUGAGUACGUGUUUGGGGAUCAUGUGACGAAAAUGGUUGGGACGGGUGACAAGGUUGAGGUGCUCCUGGAGAAGGGUGGGACGAGGGCUUUUGAUAUCGUUAUUGGUGCUGAUGGGCAAGGCUCGAAGACAAGAAGGCUUGCAUUCAAGGAUGUUGAGAAUCCAAUGAAGGCUCUACAUCAGUAUGCGGCGUACUUUUCCAUUCCGUAUAAGAAGUCAGACCGCGAAUUUGCAGAGUGGUAUAAUACCACGGGCGGAAGAGGGAUCCUACUAAGGCCAGAUAACGCGGGUCAAACGCGAGCAUAUUUGACAGUGACGAGGGAUCCACUUCCUGAGCUGCAAGGCUACUAUAAGCUGAGCGUGGCAGAGCAAAAGCAGAAGAUGCACGAGAUGUUCUCAGACGCGGGUUGGGAGGCCAAACGAGUGCUGGAGGGUAUGGACAACGCCGAGGAUUUCUACAUGCAAGAGAUCGCUCAAGUCAAAAUGACACGCUGGUCGCAAGGACGAGUUGUGCUUCUCGGCGACGCAGGCUAUUGUCCCUCUCCCAUUUCAGGUAUGGGAACCAGUUGUGCCAUCACUGGUGCUUAUGUCCUCGCAGGAGAGAUUGCGAAGCAUGGCAUGGAUUACGAGAAAGCUUUCCAAGGGUAUGAGGAGAAUCUGAGGCCGUACAUCGAGAAAGCACAGAAUUUGCCACCAGGAGCUCCAGCAAUUGCGAAUCCACAGACGAAAUGGGGACUUGCGAUAUUGCGUGGGAUCGUGGGAUUUGUGAGUUGGAGCGGAGCUACGAAGAUCUUUGACAACUUCUCAAGUCCCGCGGCGGAAGAUGAUAAGUUGACAGUGUAUGAAUUUGGGAGUGAGAAGUAG